CAUUGUUGUGUAUCUAUUUCAGCCCUGCUAUUCAUAGAUACAUUCUAUAAUGCGGAAAAUUAGCAAAAUUAAAACUUUACUAUAUGAUUGGAAAGCGAACUUUAAAACGGGUCAGUUAGGUAUAAUAUAUAAGUAAGCGAAGUGACUUAAUAAGAAAAAAUAUAAACUCUGAUAUUUCCCACUGUACUUAAACACACCGGCGACUUCCCAUUCAGCGUGAUUGACACUCCUCUGUCUGAUUUUGUGCGUGGAAUUCCUCGCGUAGUCGCUGUUUACUUUGAAAAUAAGGACAUUUCACGUAGACACAAACACGUGUCUGGUCACUGCAUUUGUGUCAAACAAUGCCAAACAGCGAGGACGGCGACAGAGCAUAUGUUAGCCUGGAGCUAGCCAGUGGAUAGCCCGUGGAGCAACGGUCUGUGUGUGGCUACGCGGAGACGAGCCAUAACACAUUCACUCACAGGCAAGAAUCUUGUUUACUACGCAGAGAUUUAAUUGAUUAUGACCAGUGGAAAUAAUCUACAGUGACUUGACAAACGGUUGACAUGGGGAGUAAAAUGUCCCUCAACAGAGGAAGCAGUGCCCAAAGUACAGUCUCUGAAUUCACUUCUGUGACACCUCAACCUUGCAGUACCAUUCACGCUCCUACGGACUGCAAGCAGGAUUCUGAAGACAAAGAAUACAGUGAUUUGGACUCCAGGUGGAGGUCUAAAAUAAGAGCAACAGAACAGAGGAGAACCACCACAGAACCCCAAUCAUCAUGGAGUGUGGAGUGUGUCAGCCAUGUUGGCGCCAAAACAGGCGGUGCCAAAAACUCUCAUCAGCAUGAAGGCAUAUUACCACAGACGGGGAUGGAGGCCAAGGCUCCAGUGAUGCCAACAUUAUUGUCCAUAGCAGACGGUGAUGGACCAACUAUGGAACACCAUAGAACAGACAGACAAAAUGCUGCUGGUGUUGAUUGCCUUCAGCAGAAGGAUGUCAGUACAACAAAAACACCAUCAGCAAAUGUGGAAAACUAUGACAAUAGUGCUGUCCCUGACAGAAACAGCUCUGCUCCCCCUACAGUCCCUGAUAGGAAUGCGCAAGAUGUGCUGCCAACAAAAGACAGAGUGAAUCCAAGCACCACAGAAAAUCCAGGGUUAUAUAGCCCUUUUACAAAAAAAGGAGAUUCUGAUCCUAGUGAACUGGUUGAUCCUAAAGAUGGGACACAAAACACUGAGUCUGAUAACAAAGCGGCACUGAAGAAAAAUGAACGGUCUACUUCAAAACUCUGCACUCGUACACGAGGCGCUAAACGAAGGUCUACGCUGGGAGAUCAGCAUGUGUCUGCAAAAGUGUCCAGGAUCAUUAGUUCUCCAGACGAUCGAUCGGUGUUGAACACUAAUAUGUCCUGUGUGGAUGGUCGAGACACUGACCUCCAAGGUUCUGUAAGACAUACAUAUGGUGGUCAGUGUUCAUCAUGGUCAGGAACAGACAAAGAACAAGAGCUAAAGGAAGUCAAUUUAGCUCAAAAAUCCCAAACAAAGAACAUGGGGAUUCUAAAUUUGUCAAGUUCAGAUAAAAAUCAAACAGAAAUAAAAGAGAUAGUCAGCAUAAAUGUUGAAGAAGACUCGAUAUUUGAAGGUAGUCCUGACUCUCCGAGGGAUACCGGCUUGCAGAAGGACACUGAUGAUGUCAUCAUGUCAGAACAGAAACAUCAACCUGACAAAUGUCUACAGACUGACAAUGACUUACUUGACCUGGAUUACCAAAAACCUGUAUCAGAGCCUGAUAGUCCUGACAUUUUAGAACCAAGUUACAGAAACAUGUUUGAUUCUGAGGGUCUAGAGUACAAAAGCAUUGGUCAUAAAGGCUACACUGACAGUCAACACACAGAUAAUGACUUUGACGAUGACCAAGAGGCCAGUUUUGAUGCUGACCGAAGUGCCAUCAAAAUGAACAAGAAAAGUAAGAGGAUAUGGAACUGCGAGUGUGGUCGUACCUUUAGAUUCCUGUCUCAGUUUGUCAUCCAUCAACGGAUCCAUACAGGAGAGAGGCCGUUCAAAUGUCCCCAGUGUGGCAAAGGUUUCAGCAAGAACUCAAACUUGAAUCUCCAUCUGAAGACCCACAGCAGAAACAACAUAUACAAAAAAUGCAUGUUCUGUAAGAUUAAAUACUCCAGCCCUGAGUAUGAGUCUCAUAUGAAGUUCCAUGCCAGGGAACUGGAACAACAAGCCAACAAUGACUCUGAGACACUGAACACGCCAGUCACCAUAAAGAAAACAUUGAAAGAGUGCCAGUACUGUGGGAAAACAUUUCCAUUCCAGUCUGCUCUGAUACGACACGUGCGCGUGCACACAGGAGAGAAGCCUUACAAAUGUGAUAUUUGUGGAAAAGCUUUCGGUCAAGCCUAUUUCCUUCGUGUACACGAGCUGACCCAUUGGACCGUGAAGCGCUACAACUGCACUCGCUGUGCAAAAUCAUUCACCCACUACAGCAAUGCCAAGAAUCACACGUGCAGGACAACAGGAGGCCAUGACGCAUCCCAGGUCAACAGCGAGACCAAGCCUACGUUGACCUACACAUGCCACAUUUGCAAAAACGUUUUUGAUCAUUUAUCGGAUUUCAACCGACACAUGAAAGGUCACACUGGUGCAAAACUUUAUCGCUGCUUGUAUUGUGACAAGCUGUUUGCCAUGCUUUCUGAGUUUAACAGCCAUCAAAAUCACUGCAGGGAGCGAAAAAACUUUGACCCUGACAUUAAGGAAGAAGAGAGGAUGUCAUUGGUGGAGUUCUCUGUGCCUUCCCUGAGGUAUUCAAGUUCACCUCCUCUACUUGAUGCCAAUGGUGAGGACAAACAUUUGCUGCCUGUCCACAAGAAACACAUCACCAACCACAAGAAACCGUUCCAGUCGACAGACGUGUCUCAUCAGUGUCACUCACACUUGGUGACAAAGUUAAACCAACUCGACAACAGGUCCGACCCCAGGAGAUAUCUUUGCCCGCGGUGUGGACGACUGUUCCGACACAUGGGCAGACUCCGAGCACACAUGCUCACCCAUGCCCCAGGUCAAAGCUACACUUGUACCUGUUGCGGCAAGACUCUUAACAGCUGGAAAAGACUGUGGCAUCACCAAAGAGUUCAUCGACAGAGACACGGGCGGUUCAAUUGUCCCAAGUGUGGGAGAGGUUUUCGUUUUGUUGAAUGUUACAAAAAACACAUGAGGGAACACCCGGAGUUUCGGUGGGUCCAGACUAAGAGUAAAAAAGUCUUCCUGCCUUAUCAAUGUGAACAGUGCAGCUGCAGCUUCAGGACCCUGGACAUGCUGUUCGCUCAUCAGGUCUGCCAUUCAGCAGCACAAGAAAUUAACAGUACUACUGCUCUGAAACUAUCGUCAGAGGCUCACAGCUCACAGACGAUCAAGAAAACGUUUAGUCCUCACAUGAACCACGUCCUCGCAGUGCAUUCUAAACCCAAGAGCGGCAGUCUUCAGAAGAGUUGGUCCAAACUGGACCCACAAGUGUCUCCUCUAGUGCCUGUGGAUUCUUCAGACCCUUCGAACACAUCUGGAAUUCCAGAUGAGGAAGUCAACGACGAGGAUAUUAAUAACGCAUUAGGAAAACCGAAUAGAACACUCAGAACAGAAACAACAAUCACAAACAGAAAUGCAACGAAAACAGAUGUUGGAAAGACAUCAGACGGUAUCAAGUGUGCUGUGUGUGGUGAGGCCUACCCUGCCAUUUCAGACCUUUAUCAGCACUAUUUGCAGCAUGCUCGAGGCCAGGUGUAGGUUUUUUUAAUGGUGUCUGUCGUCUGAUUUAAUUCAUUAAACACCGUGGUCUAUUCUGUGAUGAUUAUCAGGCAAAUGCUGACAGUAUUUGUAGAAGAAAUGUCUCUAAUUCAUGUUUUUUUUAAAAGUCAUCUUCAAAGUCGGUACCAGAAAAAAUAAAACAUUUUCUGGUCACGUUGCUGCUCGGAGGUUAUGAGACUUAGACUGAUGAGAGAGUGUCUGACUGUAAAGAUAAAGACUUUGUGGACGCUCCUUUAAAACAGUUAACUUGCUAAUUAAAGAAACCUUCCGGAAUGUUUAUUGUCUACUCUGUACCAUUCCCUAUUUUUGUUGCAUCUUUGUUUGUCAGAUUCUUUUUUAAAAUGCUUGUCUGGUAAAUAAUAAUUCAAUGACUAAACAACAUAUUUAGGAAUUUGUCACAUUAUUAGGAAAUGUACCAACAUUUCAGAGAGAUUUGUCUCAUUUGUUUGUUUUUUUGCCUGAAAACUUGUAUUUCCUGUUGUUGAUGCCAACAUUUCUCGUGUGUUUCUGAAACGCUGAUGGAGAUCUACUGUGGACAUUAAGGCGUCGUCUCCAGUCUGAUCAACCCCUGCUGCAAGUUCUAUCAUAUGGACUGGAUUGGACUGAAAAUGUAUCUUUAAAUGCUUCAUUUUUGGACUUUUCUUUCUCUUUAACUCUGUUGUUUUACCCAUGGACAUUUAUUGUGAACCAAUACAUCAUUUUUAUUUUAGAUUUGAUUUUUCAUUUUUAUAUAUCACUAGUUUGAUUUCUUGUUUUGAUAUCCAUCAUCAAACGAGAUGUUUCAUGAGUCGAUGAAUGAAUAAAAUUCAAUGUAAAAUCACUGGUUACGUGUUUUUGAUUUUACACUUUUUGGUAAAUGUCAGCUUUCUGCAAAGAUGAGAAUUAACUGGGUUUUUUUUUCAUGAUGGAUUUAUUUUAUUCAAUCACUAACCAUUUACCAACUUGUCAUUUGAUAGCAUAAGUCAUUUAGUUGGAGGACAUGGUGUUGUGAAUCCAGGUGGUGUAUUUGCAGACCUUGACGUAGAUUCCAGGCUUGUUCUUCUGGCCACAGCCGU